AUGCUGCGCGACAUCCCGGGGGCACUGCUCAUCGACAUCCGGAGCAAGGGCCAGGCACAGGGCCAGGGGUCUCCGGACAUUGGUCCGGGUCGGUCACCUAUUCGGCUCCCAUACCAAGAGAAACCCGGGCGCUUCUUUGUGGAAAAGCUGAAGAGCGAGGUGAAGGUUCCUAAAGGCUGCCCAGUCCUCCUGCUGGACGGGGACGGAUCCCUGUCGAAGGCCAAGGGGCCUGAGGUGGCACGCGCCCUGGGCGACGCUGUCCAGGUGUAUGUCGUGCAGGGCGGGUUUGCUGGACCCCGGGGCUGGACUGAGUCGGGCCUGCCAGUCCGGAGCACCCCGGGCCCCAUCCCCUUCCCCAACCUCAGCCUUGGCGGCGUGCGCCUCCCCCUGGCCACCCUUCCCGACGACGGCUAUUCUCUGGCACCCCUGGGCGCCCUGCUGGCUCUGGCUGCCGCUGCCUAUGCCCUGCGCGGCCCCAUCCUGGGAGGCGCCCUGCAGCUGGCUGGAGUGCUGGGGCUGGUCCAGAUCUUCCUCACUCUGGCGUCUGAGCGUCAGAGGCGCGAUGCUCAGGAGGAAGUCAGGCAACUGGUGGAGGCGCUCGACCCCGCAUCAGCCAAGGAUGAUCUCCAGCGCCUGGCAGGCAGUUUGACCCUGGUCCCGGCGGCGCCUGCCAGCACAGACCAGGGCCUGUUGAGAGUUGUCGGUGGGAGACCUGCGACAGAGAGCGCCGCACCUUCCUCUAAAACCGUGGAGCAGCGUGUCACAGCUCCAGAACAACAUGCCAUCAAAUGA